AUGCCUUUUUCUUUACGGCACAGAAGCGACUUAGACGACUUAGAAAAUGCCCCUAUGAUUCCCGAUCUGAUUUUAUUUUUCUUCCGUACCCUUGUCGGUGGAUUACAGGCAGACACAGGAGUAGAAUCAAGUCGUGAUGUGGUUGAGAGAAAAGCAAUGGCUUUGUCAUCGGAUGCCAUUUUUAACUGCAGUCGAGGGAAUGUCAAGCCAUGGAAGCAUCAAACCAUCGGGUUGGGAUUAGGAGCACUGACAGGAUCAAAGACCUUAAUUACCAUUAUGAAUCGCUUUGGACAUUGCAUCAGCUACGAUGAGGUGAAGGGACUUGAGACAGAAAUUGCCUACACAUGCUCCAACUGUGAUAGGGAAACCCCAGCAGGCCUUCAUUUGCUAGAUGCAUUAGGAACAGGAUUAGCAUGGGAUAACUACGACGUCAAUACAGAGACCCUUGAUGGUAAAGACACUCUUCACGCAACGGUGGGAAUAUGCUACCAAAACGAGCUGCCUUCAGAGCCAGUCCCCGAACCAUCAGAUUCUAAGUCACCCGGGACACUUUCUGGGCGGAAAAGAAAGAGCUUCGGCGGGAAGUAA